GAGGGCCAGCGCGACGCCGCGGCGUACGACAGGUACGCAUGCUUCUGCAAGGAGCAGGCCGAUCAGAAGGUGUACCAGAACGAGACCUCGGCCAAGAAGGUCGAGGGCCUCGGCGCCGAGAUCGCGGGGCUCGGCGCAGACCUCGCGGCGCUGGCGGGGGAGAUCUCGGAGCUGUCGGGCACCAUCGCGGACCGGGAGGCGAAGGUGGCCAAGAGGACGGAGGCGCGGGAGGCGGAUCACCAGCGGCACCUCGAGAAGAGCGCGGACAUAGUCAGCGCGAUCGACGCGUGCAGCCGCGCCAUCGAGGCCCUCAAGGAGUCCAAGUCUGCAAUGGGGGGCAAGGCGGCGCUCGCUGCCCUGGCGCAGGUGCGGAAGGCCGCCUCCAGGGUCUCGGCGGCCGCGCCGCCGCCGGCGCGGAAGUCGCGCGGGCCCGGGGACCUCGUGGAGAGUCUGAUGUCAUCAAGCACCGACCUCUUCUCGUUGAAGGGCGACCAGCCAGGGGAAGCUUACACGUCCAAGUACCACUCCAGCGACAUCAUCGAGACGCUCGAGGGCCUGAAGGACACCUUCAUCGACCAGAAGAACUCCAGAGACAAGGACGAGUUCGAGGCCAAUAGGAUCUUCGAGCAGGAGAGGUUGGGCCUCCAGAACGACGCGAAGUUUGCCCAAAUGGACAAGGACCAGAAAGAGGAGGAGUCGAGCAAGAAGGCCGCCCGCCAGGCGGAGGCGACCAAGGAGAGGGACCUCGAGGAGAGCAUGAGGGUGUCCGACAUGGAGUUCCUGGCCGUGCUGACCGCCGAGUGCCAGGAGAAGGCCGAGGCCUGGCACCAGAACUCGCUCACGCGCGCGGGAGAGCUGCGGGCGCUGCAGGAGGCCAUCGACGCGAUAAGCCCCAACGGGCUCGUCCAGAAGGGCGACGCGGCCCCAGGGGCGGAGGCGGCGCGACCUCCCGCCCUCGUGCAGCUGCAGCUGCGCGGCCGCGGGGGCGAGGCUCGCCAGAGGGAGAAGAUCCUGCAGAUGCUCGACAGGGCCGCCAAGAGGCUCGGGAGCCCCGUCCUCAUGAUGGCCGCGCUGAAGGCCCGCACUGCGAAGGAGGACCACUUUGUGAAGGUUCGAGGCCUCCUCAAGGACCUGAUCAAGCGGCUGGAGGGCGAGGCGCUCGCGGAGUCGUCGCACAAGGAGUUUUGUGAUCAGCGGGCCAAGGAGGCCGUCACCGAACGGGACGAGGCCCAGUCCACCAAGGAGGAGCAGGACAAGAAGAUCUCGAUCGAGGAUACGGAGAUCAAGUCUCUCACGAGCGACAUCGCCAAGCUGUCGGGGGAGAUCGCGGGCAACAGGGAGGCCCUCCUGGAGGCCACGGAGUUGCGCGGGAGCGACAGGGCGAACAACGAGCAGGCCAUCGCCGAUGCGCGGCUGUCGAUGGAGCGGAUCGAGCAAGCCAUCGAGAUCCUGCACAAGUUCUACGACAACGCCCUCGUCCAGAAGAGGGCCCGCAAGUUCGUGCCCAAGGACUCGGAUCGAGAGGGCCAUACCGUCGGCGACCUCGCUCCCGACGACGCGUUCCACGAGGAGUACCACGGCAAGCAGGAGGCCUCCAAAGGCAUCUUCGGGUUGCUGGAAGUCCUCAAGAGCGACUUCGAGAAGCAGAUAUCGGCAACGCAGGACGCCGAGGAGACUGCGCAGGGGGAGUUUGACACCUUCAAGAAGGAGAACGAGAGGGACACUGGGGGCAAGGAGGAGUCGAAGAACACAAAGGACACCAUGGUCGCGGAGAGCAAGGACGAGCUCGUCGAGCUGACGGACUCUCGCCAGGAGGCGGCGGAGAGCUACGACGUGGCCGUAGAGAAGCUGGACAAGGUCAGGAACAUGUGCGUGGACACGGACGAGGCGUACGAGGAGCGGACCGCCCACCGGGAGCAGGAGAUAGAGGCGCUGAAGCAGGCGCACGCCAUCCUGGAGGAAUGGGAGAGCCAGUGA